AUGCCACGUGAUUUAGAAACGAUAUACGAUGAUAUGGAUUUAGAAAUGAAAGUUAAAGUUAUGGAAUUAUUUAUUGAUGAUCUACGUGAAUCUGGUCGUAAAACAAAUAUUGAUAUGGAGAAAUUAGAUCAAGCUAUGCAACGUUUAAAAGAAUAUUUUGAUACACGUUAUGGUAGAUUCGCUGUAUUAAUAUGGAAAACGCCAUGUUCUAUUUAA